GGUGGACCAGGACACUGGCUGGUCUAGUCAGAGCAGGCCUACAGGGGGUGAUGGUGGCGGCUCAGACCGGGCUGCUGUCCCAGAGCCUGGAGUUCAGCUCUCCUGCGGACAACUACACGGUGUGCGAAGGUGACAACGCCACCCUCAGCUGCUUCAUUGACGAGCACGUGACCCGCGUGGCCUGGCUGAACCGCUCCAACAUCCUGUACGCGGGCAAUGACCGCUGGACCAGUGACCCGCGGGUGCGGCUGCUCAUCAACACGCCCGAGGAGUUCUCCAUCCUCAUCACCCAGGUGGGGCUCGGCGACGAGGGCCUCUACACCUGCUCCUUCCAGACCCGCCACCAGCCGUACACCACUCAGGUCUACCUCAUCGUCCAUGUCCCCGCCCGCAUCGUGAACAUCUCCUCGCCUGUGACGGUGAAUGAGGGGGGCAACGUGAACCUGCUUUGCCUGGCCGUGGGACGGCCGGAGCCCACAGUCACCUGGAGGCAGCUCCGAGACGGCUUCACCUCGGAGGGCGAGAUCCUGGAGAUUUCUGACAUCCAGCGAGGCCAGGCCGGGGAAUAUGAGUGCGUGACGCACAACGGCGUGAGCUCGGCACCUGACAGCCGCCGUGUGCUGGUCACAGUCAACUACCCUCCGACCAUCACGGAUGUGACCAGCGCGCGCACGGCCCUGGGCCGGGCCGCCCUUCUGCGCUGCGAAGCCAUGGCGGUGCCCCCCGCGGACUUCCAGUGGUACAAGGACGACAGACUGCUGAUCAGCGGCACAGCCGAGGGCCUGAAGGUGCAGACGGAGCGCACCCGCUCGAUGCUUCUCUUCGCCAACGUGAGCGCCCGGCAUUACGGCAACUACACCUGUCGCGCUGCCAACCGGCUGGGAACGUCCAGCGCUUCCAUGCGGCUCCUGCGCCCCGGAUCCCUGGAGAACUCAGCCCCGAGGCCCCCGGGGCCCCUGACCCUCCUCUCGGCCCUGGGCUGGCUGUGGUGGAGGAUGUAGGAAGAACCCAGCGCAGCCCGCCUCCCCCUGCGCGGGGCCUGAGGCCGGGAGCGAGAGAAGAAGGGAGAGCAAGCGCCGUGGGUCUCGAGGGGGCGGAAGAGCUCUCUGCCACCGAGGAGGAAGAAGGGAGGAAGAGGAGGAAAGCUCUUUAGAGAACCCAUCACUGUGAGGGAUAACGCAAAAUUAUGCAUCUUUCUACAGCCAUUUUCGCCACCGUUCACGUUUCCGGUUAUGACCCACCCCCGGCCACCCCACACCCCUCUCUUAGCUCAGGCUGUCAACUGGAUCGUGUGU